UGGUAACUCACACACUGAGUUAGCACCUAUUAAGUAGGUAAUUACCUAUGGUAUUUUAGUGCAUUUGUAACCGUCCGUUAUUUCAGUUUUCGUUUACCGAGCUGUGAAUUUAAAAAUUUCAAAUCGUAUGGAAAUAAUGACAAAUACCCAAAUGAUUUCUGCUUAGUUAUAUUUUAUGUGUUGAUUAUGUUUCUAAAAUGUAAUUAUUGUGUGUGAAUUUGUUUUAAUACUUGAAUACUAAUGAGAAGGCAAAUUAGAAACUGUCAUUCAUCAAGUCGACUAUUACUUGGGUACCUAACUACCUGAUUUCGAGCUUGUUUUUAAAAUUAAAUUAGGCUAUUACAAGUACCUACCUACUAUAAGAUAUGGCUAUAACAUUGGAAACGAACGGUGUCUCGAUGUCGUGGAAGAACCUUAGGGUCAAGAUUGAUGUCAAGACACAGCAUAUUUUCCGAAGCACAACUCAUACUGUCAAAGAAUUAAUUCAUAAUGUGAAUGGAUUCGUGGAACCAAACAGUCUUGUCGCCAUUAUGGGUGCGAGCGGAUCUGGUAAAAGUACCUUGAUGACAGUACUGGCAAAUAGACAAUCAGGUGAUUUCAAAGUGAAUGGAGAAAUACGUCUGAAUGGCCAAAAAAUACCAUCUGGAGCGAUGAAGAAGAUUUCAGGAUUCGUUUAUCAAGAUGAUUUAUUUGUUCCAACGCUAACUGUUUCCGAGCACUUACACUUCGCAGCACGAAUGAAAUUAGACAGAAGAAUUACAACCGAACAUCGUAGAGCAUUGGUAAACAAAAUUUUAAAGGAUGUUGGUUUAACAGAAUGUGCCAAUCGUUUCAUCGGUAAUUCAAGCGAAGAAGAAGAAAAGUUGAAUUUAUCAGGAGGUGAACAAAAACGAUUAUCUGUAGCAACUGAAUUAUUAAUCAAUCCAGCUUUGUUGUUUUGUGACGAACCCACCACAGGUUUAGAUUCAUUUGCAGCUUUAAAACUGAUAACCAUCAUGAAAAAUAUGGCUAAUGAUAGAGGUAAAACAAUCAUUUGCUCAAUUCAUCAACCGAGUGAACAAAUAUUCGACCUGUUUCAUCAAAUUAUUUUGUUGCACGAUGGAAAAAUCGUCUUCAGUGGAACUACUGAAAAUGCUUUAGAAUUUUUUCAAAGCAUAGGUUAUUUGUACAAGCAAAAACAAAAUCCAGCUGAUUAUUUGAUUAAAAGCCUAUCAAUGAGUACUGAACGUGGCCUGGAAUCCUUUUCCUUCAAUAACGCUGGCAAUAUUUGUUUAAAAUACGAAGCAAGUCAAUAUGCCAAGUAUGUGAACAAGAGGAUUGAACAGCAGCGUUAUAGAAAAGAAGAGCUAAGAGGAUUGGAAUACAAUAUCAAUCCCAUUUCCUGGUUUCAUAAAUUUUACUUGAUAACUUAUCGCGAAGGGCUUAGCACCAUCAGAGAUCCAUUAAUAUUGUGUUUCGAUUUAAUCAGACUAAUGGUAUUCGCUGUAAUUUUAGGAACUUGCAUGAAAAAAACCUUAAUCAUGAAUCAAGAAAGUAUUCAGUCGAUAAAAGGAGUAUUAUUUGCUGUCUUGAAUGAAAAUUUUUUCACUCCUAUUUAUUUUUCAAUUGGUCAUUUCUUGAGAAAAAUGCCUAUUUUCAUACGAGAACGUUCAAAUAAUAUGAAUACAUCGCUAAUGUUCUAUUUAUCGAACAUUUUUUCGCUGUUUCCAGGAUUAUUAUUACAUCCAGUAGUAUUCACAGUCACAUUUUAUGCGUUAUUCGCCCAGCAAUAUAGUUGGAUCGUUUUGCUGUUGACUAUAACGAUCAAUGUUCUAAUCUUCAACGUAUCAGCUUCGUUCGGGAUUUUGGUAUCAUUGGCAACGAACGACUUCACCAUUGCUGACACUGUCGUACAAAUUGUCAGAACAUUUUUCAACCCACUUUCUGGAAUGAUGUCGAGUAUAAAAUCGAUUCCUGCAAUAUUUUCGUGGAUGCGAUAUAUUUCAUGGGUAACUUAUAGUUUUGAAGCUUUGCUGAUUGUGUACUUCGAAAACGUGGAAUGUAUUCAGUGCUCGAAAACAUCAGGUUCACCGUGUUUAAAAAACGGACCAGAGGUCUUGAAUUGGAUGGGUUUCGAUCGUGAGAAUUUGCAGAGAAACAUGAUCAUUAUGUUUUUUAUGUAUAUAGUUUUUCUUUUGCUUGGUUUUAUUGCAUUAAGAAUCAGAUUGUAUUUGAAGCUGAAUGGUUGAUACCUUGAUUGGCGUUAUUUUAUGAUUAAAGAUAAAGAGUAUUCAAAGAACAUAGGUUUAGGUACCUACCUACACAAUCAUGUGGUUUAGUUUUAUUCGAUUACUUCUUCAGCAGUCAAGAUUUACAAAGGUAGGUACCUAGUCUAACCCUGAUCUGCUGUCUCUAUGUCCAUAAUUCUGUAAAAAUGAAUUUAAUUGUAAUUUUAAUUUGUAUUUUGUUUUUGUAUCAUAGUUGUUUAUCAAAAAUAAAAUAAAUUAAAAUGCAACC